AUGCCACCCAAAAAAGCAAAUAUCAAUACGUCGAAAUGGCCCCCGUCGUUCCAAAGAUUGUAUAGGCUCUUUGUCCAGAUCAAUACCCAUUUGACUUUUCUUUCGUCUCAUUCUAGAACAACCAUACCGACAUUUGAACUUCUUCAGAAACUCAAUCCUGAUAUCAACACGCUUGAUUUGACAUUAAUGAAGGGUUUACUUCCCGAUAAACACGUUGCUUACAAAUAUGUGGACGAGAAUCAACUCAUGCUAUCUAUGGCAGAGAAAGUGGAGUACAGCAGAUCACACGGCUAUAAGCAGGGGAAUGCUAGCUCUAUGGAUGAUGCCUUUGAACAAGUAGCGAACAACCAUGGCCUCUCUGGCUCCAAUCAAUUACUCGUAUUUGACUUCCAAGACACAAGAAUGCACGGAAUAGGUGGCGUAGUAAAAGGAGGCAGGGCCAAAAGAAGAAAGGUAGAACAGAAUGAUACUAAUAAUGAUUUCUUUCUUUCCAGUUCGGAUUUGGCUUUUCUGCCUUUGACUCAAAUCCAACUAACUAGAAUGAUUAACAGUAGAUCCGACAACUUCAAAGAGAUACUAAAGGCAUAUCUAGAUGGAUUUAGUGAGGAAGAAGUUUCACAAGAUAUUCCCAUGCAAAAGUUGGUUGCCAAAUAUGAGCCUUUAAUACCGCAACCUCCUGUUUUGAACGAUCCAGUAGAACAAUUGGAACAUUCGCAUAAAGUUGUAGAUCGCAAGUCUAAACCAACAUUGGAUGAAAUGCUCAUUGUUUUGAAGCAGGAACCUUUUUAUAAAGGUCAGAUCGAACAGGUUUGUACCUUGACUCCUGCUCAGAAAGCUAUGAAGGUGCCUUUAGGGGACUUCGAAGGCCAUAUAUAUAAUAUUCAUCCGGAACUAAGAGAUGCUCUAUACAAUUAUAAAGGAAUUGAUAUAUACAAGGACUUGUAUUCCCAUCAAGCUGAUGCCUUAAAAACACUCUUACAACCCAAUAGUUUUGGAAGACAUGUUAUUGUGAGUACUGCCACAGCUUCAGGGAAGUCGCUCAUCUAUCAGAUCCCAGUAUUGAAUGAAAUUUUGUGGGAUAUUACUAAUGGUAAGAAAUCCAGAUCGACAACUGCAUUCUUCAUAUUUCCGACCAAAGCAUUAGCUCAGGAUCAAAAACGACAUUUGGAAGAAUUUAUACUGUACCUACCCACCAAUGAAAAGAGAAAAAUUAUAGUACAAACAUAUGAUGGAGAUACGGCAAGCCGAGAUAGAAACUUUGUUAGAUCUUUUGCUGAUAUUGUAUUUACCAACCCAGAUACAAUUCAUGCAUCUGUAUUACCUAAUCACCUAGGGUAUUCUGAUUCCUCUGGGUGGAUUCCGUUCCUUCGUAGUCUCAAGUUCAUUGUAGUCGAUGAAUUGCAUGUGUAUAAGGGUACCUUUGGUAUUCAAGUAAGUUAUGUGAUGACUAGACUUCUAAGAAUUACCGAGAAACUCAAAAAUGGGGUCAAUGACAUUACCUUUGUUUCAUGUUCAGCAACAAUUUCCAAUCCUGUGGCUCAUUUCAGAGCAGUUUGUGCUAUACCAAAGUGUGAUCAAGUAGUUCAUGUUGCCAACGACGGCAGCCCAUGCUCUGAGAGGAAGUUGGUAGUGUGGAAUCCACCAGCUUUGAUGAAUAAGAAGGGUCAGAUUCAGUCUACAUUAAAGUCUUCAAUGACGAUAGAGUCUACUGUAAGUAACACUCUAAUUCCAAGAGUGGGAAUAGUUGCUGAACUGGCUCGAUUGUUGGUUCAUCUCCUUUCAAAUUUGUCCGAAAUUAAAGUGAUUGUAUUCUGCCCUAUUAGAGUUGUGUGCGAAUUGCUUAUGAACGAAGUAAGACAUCUUUUAAGAUCCUCGGACCAUACAGAGAGAGCACUUUUGAAUGAACAUGAUAUCAUGUCUUAUCGAGGAGGUUAUUCAAAGGAAGAUAGAAGAGUCAUUGAGCAGAAGAUGUUUACCGGACAACUUAGAGCUAUUGUAGCCACUAAUGCUUUGGAGUUGGGAAUAGAUUUAUCGGAUCUAGAUAUUGUAAUUACAUGUGGCUUCCCCAUUCUGAAGCUGCAUAUGCAUCAACAAUUUGGAAGAGCUGGUAGAGCAAGAGAUUCCAAGGGAAGUUUGGCAAUAUUUGUAGCGGGUCCCACUCCUAUUGACCAGUAUUACCUAAGCAAUUAUAAGGAUAUUCUUGACAAGAACUCCUAUGAAGACCUUUGCGUCGAUGGACUCUUGGAUUUAGGUUCAUACCAUUUGACAUUAGAACAGCACAUGCAAUGUGCUGCAUUUGAGGACCCACUUGAUAUUGUAGAGGAUUUGAAGUGGUUUGCUCCAGAUGGUUCAACAGGUAAGGCGAAUGCGUUUGUUAAAAUCUGUCAGGAGAGACUCCUCAAGGAUAAUACUGGCAAAUACAGGACUUCGCCUAACUUCUUGCCUUGGCCCAGCGAUCUUGUUACCAUUAGAGCUAUAGAAGAGUCUUCCUUUGCUGUUGUAGAUAUCACUAAUGGACGUAAUAUCGUUAUUGAAGAAGUGGAAUCUCUGAGAACCAAUUUCACUCUCUACGAAGGUGGCAUUUUUCUUCACCAAGGAUUCCCCUACUUAGUCAGAGAAUUCAAUGCGGACCAAAAGUUUGCUAAGGUGGAAAGAGUGAAUGUCGAUUGGACAACUCUGCAGAGAGAUUUUACGGACAUGGACCCCAUGGAAGCACAAUAUGUAAAGCAGCUCUAUCCACCCAAUCUGGCUGUCCCGUCUGAUAUACCCGUAUUUCUUGGUUUGGUGAAAACCACCAUAAAAGUGUUUGGCUUUUUUAAGUUGAAUAGAAGAAAUGAGAUUCUUGAAGCAGUAGACGUCAAAAAUUCACCUGUCAUUAUAAUUAAUAAGGGAUUCUGGGUUGAUAUAGGUAGUGAGGUAAUCGAUAUCAUCAAUAAGAAGCAAUUAUCGCCAGCUGCUGGUAUUCAUGCUGCUCUGCAUGCCAUAAUCAACAUCUUACCUGUUUUCAUCAAUGGUACGGUUGAUACUUCUAGCAAAAGCUACUACUCUGGUGUUGGAGAGGCCGAAUUGGUGACAGAAUGCAAAGCACCAGAAAAGGAAUUCGCGAGACGUGAAUCUAACCGUAAGCGACCAGCUAGAUUGAUCUUUAAUGAUUCCAAAGGAGGGGAACUAGGCAGUGGCAUGUCAGCAAAAGCGUUUGAAUAUUUUGAUGAGAUUUUGCAAACCACUUUUGACAAGGUGCGUAAUUGUGAAUGUGAAUGGGGCUGUCCAUUGUGUAUUGCUCCCAAGUUUUGUAAAGAGAGACUGAUAGUGAUGUCUAAACCAGCGGCUUUGUUAAUUUUGGCUUCCUUGUUGGGAUACGAUCUUAAUGAAUUUCAAGAGCAGGUGCAAGAUGGGCCGGAGCAAAAUAUGCCUGCUAUCACCAUAGAGACCAUUGAAAGCGGUCCAUCUACUGUGAAAUUUUCAAAGGAUGUGGAAAUAAUCAGUGUAAGAAAAGCUCGACACCCUUUGAAUCCAAAGGUAGAAGUAAAGGAA